AUGCCUGUUAAUUUUCCAGUUAAAGUUCAAGUAGAUGAUGAUGAUUCAACAGCUCCUUACAAUGAACUCGAAGCAUUCAAUUCAAUUUUGGAUGCAUUACGAUGGAAACAUGUACGAAACAGAGUCCCCAUGUGUUUCAAAAAAACAUUACACAAUCGAUAUAUGCUAGCUAAUUUGGUUUAUUUGGGUUAUACAAUUGCACUUCUAGUCAUUGACUUUCAUCCUGAUCUUAAUGGAUCAUCAUCGAACACUUGUGACACAACGGAUAUAUCCAAUGAAACAAAAUCACCACUUGAUCAACCUGUAUAUAUGAAUGAUUAUGCUAAUCGGCUUUAUAUCGGUUUAGCUGCGCUCAAUAUUUUAAUUGCCUUUCUCUAUAUCAUAGCAUGGCGUGGCCGAUCAUGGUUUGAUGUUGUCUUAAUACCAGAAUAUUUAAAUCAUGUACAAGCAGCUCUUUAUCUUUGGUCAUCAUUAUGGUAUCCCAAACAGGAUACAUUCGGUGGUUACUAUACUAUGGCUAUACAUAGAAUUGAACUAGCUGCAUCAUGCACUGAAAUAUGCGCUGCCAUCGGAUGGAUGGUUUCAUGGUAUAUGACAUAUACGCGUGCGCUUGGCCGUGGUUUUACAUUUGAUGAUCCUGAUACAAUGGGUUAUUUAACAACAACAACGAAUACAUUAAUGUAUCUCGUGUAUAACAUUCAAUUAAACAUUUAUCCGGAACAAUACGGAAGUAAUCAAUUAUUUGUUUAUGCUGAUAUUCUUGGUUUUAUUGGUUCUGUUUAUUAUAUAAUUGGUACUCUACGUGAUGAAAAUUGGUUUUGGUUUCUUCCACUAGCUGGACAAUAUGGUGUUGCACCGGGAAAAAUUCGUGUCGAAACACGAGCUUUACCACAAUUUGGCCGUCCUGAAAUACUGAUAACAGAUUUAUGUCGACGAAGAAAACAGACAAGGGAGCCUCAUGAAGAAUAUGAUAACAAUGCAAAUAUUGAUGUCCUUACAGAAUAUUUUUAA